UCUCUCUCGUUGCUUUGUGGGUUCCCUUCUCACAGUCACAGGCUCACACGAAGAGGCAAGAGACUAUCUCACUACGCAUCAUCUAAUCUGCUGCUCUUGCUAAACGGCAUCGUAUAAGGUUCUGUUACAGAGAGCAAGUAUGCUGCCCCAAAAAACUAAGAGGUUAACGAGGGAGUACUUGUACAGAAAGAACUUAGAGGGCAAACAACGGUUGCUCUAUGAGAAGAAGCGCAAGAUCAGAGAAGCUCUAGAAGAGGGAAAACCAAUACCCACUGAGCUUCGGAAUGAGGAAGCCGCCCUUCGUCAAGAUAUCGAUUUGGAGGACGAAAACACUGCCGUCCCAAUGCCACAUAUUGAUGAUGAGUACGUAAACACACAAAGAGACCCCAAAAUUUUGCUAACUACCUCCAGGGAUCCGAGUGCUUCACUGAUACAAUUUGCAAAGGAACUGAAACUUGUUUUUCUCAAUGCACAACAAAUGAAUCGCGGUGGCCAGGUUAUUUCUGAAAUCAUUGAAACUUGCCGUGCACACGAUUUUACAGAUGUUGUGUUGGUUCAUGAGCAUCGUGGUGUACCAGAUGGCUUGAUUAUAAGCCACCUUCCUUUUGGUCCAACAGCUUAUUUUCAACUACUCAAUGUGGUUACAAGACAUGACAUUAAAGAUAAGAAAACCGUGGGAACGAUGCCUCAGGUUUAUCCACAUUUGAUUCUCAACAAUUUCAGGACUAAGUUGGGUGAGAGGACAGCAAAUAUUUUAAAGCAUCUCUUUCCAGUGUCAAAGCCGGACACGAAACGCAUAAUCACUUUUGCCAAUCAGUCUGACUACAUUUCUUUCAGGCAUCAUACCUAUGAGAAGCAUGGAGGCCCUAAAUCCGUUGAGCUGAAGGAGAUUGGUCCUCGGUUUGAAUUGAGGCUUUAUAAGAUUAAGUUAGGAACAGUGGAUCAGAAUGAAGCCCAGACUGAAUGGGUCUUUAGACCAUACAUGAACACAGCCAAGAAACAGAAGUUUAUGGGGGAAUGAUAAAUUAGAAUUUUCAGUUACAAUUUUGGUAACUAGUCCCUUGUAUGAUUCAACCAGCUGACCUCUUUUGGGUUGAUUGAUACAAGCGACUAUUUUCCCGAUUUCUCUGAAAUUUAGGGUCUGUUUAGUAAAGUUUUUGCUUUUCUCAAAAUUUAUUCUUUCAAAUUAAAGAAAGAGAUGAGAGCAGUGAAGUAGAAACAACACAUGGUUUUUUUUAAAACUAAAAACUGUAAACAGUUGUAAAUAGUUUUUUUGUUUUAACUUUAUCUGCAUUCACUCUUUUCUUCAUCUCUUAACAAUCUUGUUGCAUUUCUUAUUUCUUUGAUUAACACGAAAGCUAUGAAAUUAUGUGACGGGC